AUGGCAUCCUUUCAGCAAACCCUCGACAGCUACCCUAAACAAGACCCCGACGAAAUCCUAAUGGAAUACCGAUUCAGGAUCUUCGACCUCGUGAAGGAGGGUAUACUGCCUCCCCUCCCUUUCUGCCCGAAAAGUCUCUUCUUCUAUGGCACUUUAUCUCUUCCCCACGUCCUUCAGAAGGUCCUGGACCUCGAGGCACUCAAAUCGGCAACCGCCCGUGGAUUUCUGCAGAAGAUGUGGGGCCCAUAUCCCGCCCUCAUAGAGUAUCGCAUGCGACUCCCCGACAGUUCAUGGCAAACGUUGGGUUGUCGAUAA